CCACCCCCGCCGGCGGCCGGCCGAGCCCCGCCGCCAGCCGCCGUAGGCCCGCCGCCGUUUUCCUACCCCGCCCGGCCACCUAGCUUCGCCUCCCGCCGCAUCUGGACGAGCCCGCCGCCGGCCGAGCGCCCUGUCGCCGGCCCCCGAAGCCCGCCGCGAAGGCCCGCCGUCGGCCGUCGAAGCCCGCCGCCAGCCGCUGUGCCCCGCCGCCGCCCGUGUCGCCCCGCCGCCGAAGCCGCUGAAGCCGCCGUCGAAGCCCGCCCGCCACCGGCGUGGGAGGAGAUCCGCCGCCCAUUCAAAGGUUGAUGGUCUGCGGGAGCACAUGAAGAAAAGUGGACUUGCAAAAAAAUCGAGCUCGUUAUCACUUCCCCUUUGGUGAGAUGCCAGAAAUUGAUUGGAAUUCGGAGAACACUCGAGUGUUGUGUGUGUUGUUUGCCGAACAAGUUGAAAAAGGAAAUCGGCCAAACACACACUUGAAUGCACUUGGUUAUGCUGAGGUUGAGAAGGGGUUCAAGGAAAGGACUGGAAUUGUGGCUACCAAGGGUCAGAUCAAGAACAAAUGGGACAAGUUGAAGGAAGAUUUCAAAGCAUGGAAGAAACUAAUGCUAAGGCAAACAGGGACUGGUUGGGAUCCUAUAAGGAAGACUAUUGCUAUGGAUGAUGAAUGGUGGAAAAAAGCUAGAUCUGAGAUUCCGGGUUGUGGCAAGUUCAAAAAGAAGGGCCUUGAGAAUGAAGAUGAAUUAGCCAAGUGUUUUGCUGACAUUACUACUAUUGGUAUUGAUCAUUGGUCUCCUCAUGUUGUGAAUGUUGAAGCAACCGAAAAUGUUGAUGUGACACAAGAUGAGGCAACCAAUUUUGAGCCAGAAGGUGAUGAUUUCAUUCCUGAAACACAAGAGGAGGAUAUUGGUAUUUCUCCUUCACCUGCGAGUGGCAAGAGACUGGCAAGGCCUGUUGACAGGAGUGGUAAAAAAGCGAAGUCUGGAAAUGCAUUCCUAAUUCAAGAAGCAGUAACAAGUAUGGCAAGUUCAGCUAAUGAAUAUAUUUCGAAGAGACAUGGAAAAUAUUCUAUUGAGGAAGUGAUGGAGGUUGUGAUUGCUUGUGGGGCCGGCUAUGAUAGCAAUGAACAUUACAUGGCGUCUGAAUUGUUUGUGAAGAAGGAGCAAAGGGAGAUGUUCAUGACCUUGCCUACUAAUGAGAUUAGGUUCAAUUGGCUUAGGAGGAAGUACAAUGAUAAAUAUGAAAAAUAGAAAUUGGCUUAGUGAGAGUGAUGUCAUUUGUGUAUGCUACUAUUUUAUUUUUGUCGCAUGUGUGGUACAUUUUAUCUUAUUGCAUUUUAUUUAUGUAUGACAGUUGUAUCUUACAUUUCAUUUAUGUCAAUGUUCACAGAUGUCUUCAAGUGAGUCU